CGGUGAGCAGAGCACCACUUGCUUCUCACCUCGUCUCCCUUCCACUCGCUCCGUCGCCUCCUCUCAUCCCAAAUACCACCACCCAAUCCACUCACACACCGCACGUCCACACUCUCUCCACCCACACUCCACCAUGGCCGCCCAGCUGACAGCCGCGCUGCCGUCCUACUCGCCGGCCACAACCAAGACCGCCGGCGCCUCGUCGGCGGCCAGCCACUUCCUGUACUACCCCAGCCGGCCGCGAAAUGCAACCAGGGGCGUGCGCGCGCAGGUGUCGACGACGGAGACCGCGGAGGCGGCGCCGGCCAAGCCGGUGAAGAUCUCCAAGAAGCAGGACGAGGGGGUGGUGACCAACAAGUACCGCCCCAAGGAGCCCUACGUGGGGCGGUGCCUGCUCAACACCCGCCUCACCGGCGACAACGCGCCCGGGGAGACCUGGCACAUGGUCUUCAGCACCGAGGGCGAGGUGCCGUACCGGGAGGGGCAAUCCAUCGGGGUCAUCGCCGACGGCGAGGACAAGAACGGGAAGCCCCACAAGCUCCGCCUCUACUCCAUCGCCAGCAGCGCGCUCGGCGACUUCGGCGACUCCAAGACCGUGUCGCUCUGCGUCAAGCGCCUCGUCUACACCAACGACGCCGGGGAGCUCGUCAAGGGCGUCUGCUCAAACUUCCUCUGUGAUCUGAAGCCGGGUUCAGAAGUGAAGAUCACGGGGCCGGUGGGCAAGGAGAUGCUCAUGCCCAAGGACCCCAACGCAACCAUCAUCAUGCUCGCCACGGGUACCGGUAUCGCGCCGUUCCGCUCCUUCCUGUGGAAGAUGUUCUUCGAGCAGCACGACGACUACAAGUUCAAUGGCUUGGCAUGGCUCUUCUUGGGUGUCCCCACAAGUGACACUCUGCUCUACAAGGAGGAGUUUGAGAAGAUGGUGGAGAUCGGCGGGGAGAACUUCCGGCUGGACUUCGCGGUGAGCAGGGAGCAGACGAACGCGGCCGGGGAGAAGAUGUACAUCCAGACGCGGAUGGCCGAGUACAAGGAGGAGCUCUGGGAGAUGCUCAAGAAGGACAACACCUACGUCUACAUGUGUGGGCUUAAGGGCAUGGAGAAGGGCAUCGACGACAUCAUGGUCGACCUCGCCGCCAAGGACGGCAUCAACUGGCUUGACUACAAGAAGCAGCUCAAGAAGGCUGAGCAGUGGAACGUGGAGGUCUACUGAUCAUCAUCAUCGUGUCAUUGCCAUGGAAGGACAUGCAUGCUAAUGUUUUUCCCACCUAGUUUUCAUUUUUACUCCAGAUGGAUAUUGUGCAAAGCUCAAGCUUCGGCCAUAUAUACGCCUUGUAUCUAGCGAUGAGUGUGUAGCACCGCGAUCAUCAAAUGUUAAACCAAUUGUUGGCUCCUCUGAUCAAUCGAUCAAUGUAGAUAUUGACACACAUUUGUCCCGAGCUCACUUGAUCACUUUCUCAUCUUA